AGAUAUGAAAAUCAGAAGCUCAAAAACAUGCCUUUUUUAAUAUGCAAAGGGCAACCUAUGGCGAUUACAGUUCUCCAAGUCACAGUCAAAAAUACGAAACAAAAUAACUCUUUUUUUUUUAUUUAACUUUUAUUUGCAUCUUAGAUCAUCCUGUAUUGCUUCAUAAACCUUCCCAAUAAUUUUAUACUAUAUCCUAGUCUAGAAGAAAAUUCCACGCAAAAAAAAGGGUUAAAAAAAAAAAAAAAAGAGUUUUAAUUUAGACAACUUUUUGGCAUUAUAUAAGUUCAGCCAAAAACAUCUUCGACAACCCAUCUUUGUUUUUUCUGCCAUAAAAGAGUGGGGAAGGUAUGAACUGGAGGCAUUAGUCUAGAGAGACCCUGAAUACUACUACGGGGUAAACCGUAUUUAGUGCUUCUCCAAAUCUGAUAUCUAAAUUCUUCAUCUUCAACCAUCCAAUAUGGAAGUGGAAAGCACUACCAAAGAAACUGAGAGUCAAAAGUUUGCUCUUCCGGUGGACUCGGAACACAAGGCCACUGAAUUCAGAUUAUUCUCGGUGGCCAAACCCCAUAUGCGUGCAUUCCAUCUGUCUUGGGUUUCAUUCUUUUCAUGCUUCGUCUCCACUUUUGCCGCACCUCCCCUCAUUCCAAUCAUACGUGAUAACCUUAAUCUCACAGCAACAGAUAUUGGCAAUGCAGGGAUUGCAUCGGUGUCAGGUGCAGUCUUUGCCCGAGUUGCCAUGGGGACUGCCUGCGACCUGUUUGGACCACGUCUGGCCUCUGCUUCACUCAUCCUCCUCACUGCUCCUGCAGUUUACUUCACUGCAAUGGCUUCUUCUCCCGUCAGUUUCCUCCUCGUGAGGUUUUUCACAGGCUUCUCACUGGCCACUUUCGUGUCGACCCAGUUCUGGAUGAGCUCUAUGUUUUCUGCUCCUGUAGUCGGCACUGCCAAUGGUGUUGCGGGUGGAUGGGGCAAUCUAGGCGGUGGCGCAACGCAGCUGAUCAUGCCGGUUGUAUUUUCCGUCAUCCGUGACGUUGGAGCUGUCAAAUUUACAGCUUGGAGGAUUGCGUUUUUCAUACCUGCCCUUUUUCAAAUGUUAUCAGCAUUUACCAUAUUGAUCUUCGGCCAGGAUAUGCCGGAUGGGAACUUCUAUGGCCUGAAGAAAUCUGGAGACAAACCGAAAGACAAAUUCUCAAAUGUAUUUUACCAUGGUGUCACAAACUACAGAGGGUGGAUUCUAGCACUGACUUAUGGAUACUGCUUUGGGGUAGAGCUGACAAUUGACAACAUAAUAGCGGAGUACUUCUAUGACAGAUUCAAUUUGAACCUUCAUACUGCUGGAAUGAUAGCGGCGAGUUUUGGGUUAGCAAAUGUGGUUUCAAGACCUGGUGGAGGCAUUCUCUCGGAUCUAGUCGCUAAGAGGUUCGGGAUGAGGGGACGAUUGUGGGCUUUGUGGCUUGUGCAAACUAUAGGAGGUGUGCUCUGUGUGAUUCUUGGACUGGUGGGAUCGUUAAGUGCAUCGAUUGUGGUGAUGAUUUUAUUCUCUAUGUUUGUCCAAGCUGCCUGUGGACUUACUUUUGGGGUGGUUCCUUUUGUCUCUCGAAGGUCACUGGGGGUGAUAUCUGGUAUGACAGGCGGUGGAGGAAAUGUAGGAGCAGUUCUGACCCAACUAAUCUUCUUCAAAGGAUCCAGAUACUCAAAAGAAAGAGGUAUAACUCUGAUGGGUAUUAUGAUCAUAUUCUGUAGCCUCCCAAUAGCUCUUAUAUACUUCCCGCAAUGGGGUGGGAUGAUUUGUGGUCCAUCAUCUGAAAAGAAAACCACAGAAGAGGAGUAUUACAUGUCUGAAUGGACUGCAAAGGAAAGAGAGAAAGGUUUUCAUGAGGCAAGCAUGAAAUUUUCUGAGAACAGCAGAAGUGAAAGAGGCAGGAAGGUGGAUUCCGUAACCAGGCCCGAUGAGGCCUUACCUUAAGUUUGUUUUUAACUAGUUCAUGAACGGGCUAAACUUUCUACAAACCCCACUUUCUCAUUAUGCAAGCAAUAUAUGUUUAUAUAUAGCUUUUGAAUCAAUGUAUGUUUAUAUAUAGCUUUUGAAUUCAGACCUUCUUUAACUUUAUGAAACUAUUCAUAAUGGUGUUGAA